UCGUUUCCAAACCCUAUCUUUCUUCAUCUUUUCUUUCUGAUAUUUACUUUUACAACAAACCUUCUCAGAUCUUCUUCUUACAAAGAUGGUAAUUCUUGGAUCGCUCGCGUAUCCACCUCAAAGUCACAAACCUUUUUAAAAUAUCACUCUCUCCUACAAGCCAUAUCUACAGGUCUACUUAAUUUCUAGACCUUCUAUUCUCUCAUUAGAGCUCCCCCCUAACCUUAUCUUCUCACUUCAUUUCGUUGGGAAUAAAUGGUUUGAUUUUCGGCUCAGAUCCACACAAACACUCUUUUUCAUUGCCUAUUUACUUCUCAUCAAAACCCAGAAGCCAAUUUUUCCUCUUUCCCACUUUUUUCCUACUUUUGGGUAAGUGAUUUGAAGAAAGACAGAUAUGACUGCAAUGAAGUAACCGAAAGCCUGCUAGUGCAAAUCCCUGUUGGGAACAAUGGCUGCGCCACUAGGGAGUAGGCUUCAAAGCAUGUUGCAGGCUGCGGUGCAAUCUGUUCAGUGGACAUAUAGCCUCUUCUGGCAACUUUGUCCACAACAAGUGAUUUUGGUUUGGGGUGAUGGGUACUACAACGGGGCAAUUAAGACUCGGAAGACGGUGCAACCAAUGGAGGUUAGUGCUGAAGAGGCGUCUCUCCAAAGAAGCCAGCAACUUAGAGAACUCUAUGAAUCAUUGUCUGCCGGAGAUACAAACCCACCAACUCGCCGACCUUGUGCUGCCUUGUCGCCGGAGGACCUAACAGAAUCCGAAUGGUUCUAUUUGAUGUGUGUUUCAUUCUCCUUUCCUCCUGAUGUUGGGUUGCCGGGAAAGGCAUAUGCAAGGAGGCAGCAUGUAUGGCUCACUGGUGCAAACGAGGUGGACAGCAAAACAUUUUCACGAGCUAUUCUAGCCAAGAGUGCUCGUAUACAGACCGUGGUGUGCAUUCCUCUGUUGGACGGCGUCGUUGAGUUCGGAACAACGGAAAAGGUGCAAGAAGACCUCAAUUUCAUCCAACACGUGAAAAGUUUCUUCUUAGACCAUCACCACCCUCUGCCGCCGAAGCCCGCCCUGUCGGAGCACUCAACCUCCAACCCCACCUCCUCCUCCGAUCACAUCCCCACCGUGAUGUACACCGUGGCAGACCCACCCCCCACCCACACAAUCAACCAAAACGACAUGGAUGAAGACGAAGAAGAAGAGGAAGAUGAAGCCGAAUCUGCCUCCGAAGACGAAACGGGAGGCCAUAUCGCUGGCCCCGCAACGACGCCCGACACGGCGGCGGAGCCGAGUGAGCUGAUGCAGCUGGAGAUGCCGGAGGAUAUCCGGGUCGGGUCACCAAACGACGGGUCCAACAACUUGGACUCGGACUUUCAUUUGCUAGCGGUGAGUCAGACCGGAAACCCGUCGGGUCAAGCCGAAUCGACCAGGAGGUGGGCCCCGAUCCAAGACCCGUUACAAGUUCAACUACCGGUUUCAGCACCUCAUCCCUUAGAAGACUUAACACAAGAAGACACUCACUACUCUCAAACGGUAUCGAACAUCCUCCAAAACCAAUUCUCAAGGUGGACCCACUCAUCACCCUCCGUUGGCUACAUCCCGUACUCCAACCUAUCAGCUUUCGCCAAGUGGACAACCCUCGCCGACCACCACUUCCACGCUCCCGUCGACGGUACCAACCAGUGGCUCCUCAAAUACAUCCUGUUCACAGUACCGUACCUCCACGCCAAAACUCCCGACGACAACUCUCCCCAAAACCGAGACACCGCCGCCGCCGACACUGCCCGGUUACGCGGCAAAGGAACACCGCAAGACGAGCUAAGCGCCAACCAUGUCCUGGCGGAGCGCCGCCGCCGGGAAAAACUAAACGAGAGAUUCAUCAUUCUGAGGUCUCUCGUUCCCUUCGUCACCAAAAUGGACAAGGCUUCAAUAUUAGGCGACACCAUAGAAUACGUUAAACAGUUACGGAGAAAGAUUCAAGAGCUAGAAGCGCGUAACCGGCAAAUGGAAGCUGAUGCAACGGUUCAAAGGACGAGUAGCAGUUCGAGCAAGGAACAACAGAGAAGUGGGAUAACGGUGAUGGAGAAGAGGAAGGUGAGGAUCGUUGAGGGGAAUGGUGUGAAAGCGAAGGCUGUGGAGGUUGAAGCUUCCACGUCAGUGCAAGUUUCGAUCAUAGAGAGCGAUGCGUUGUUGGAGCUUGAGUGUCCCCAUAGAGAAGGGUUGCUUCUUGAUGUGAUGCAAAUGCUAAGAGAGGUUCGAAUAGAGGUGAUUGGGGUGCAAUCAUCGCUUAACAAUGGGGUGUUUGUUGCUGAGUUGAGGGCUAAAGUGAAGGAAAAUGCGAAUGGUAAAAAAGUUAGCAUUGUGGAAGUUAAGAGAGCACUUAACCAAAUCAUCCCUCAUAGUGUUGAUUAAUUAGUGCAAUUUCUAGUUUAGACCAAUUAAUGUUUCUUAUGGUUUAAUUAACUGGCCAUUUCUUUUGUAAGCCACACUACUAGUGGUUGAGGCUUACGUUACCCAUUUGGUAUGUGCUAAUGCUAUAUGCUCUGGCUUCAUGUAUAUCUGAAUUUCAAGCCAGGUGUGGAGUCUAGAAGAAGGCUGAUGAACAUAAAAGAAACUAGGGAUCAGCAUUGUGUUUAGAGUUUUAAUUAGUUACUUCAUUAAACUAGUUGGAAUUCUGUUUAGUGUAAUAAUUAUGUACUAUGAAUAAUUGAAAUUGGUAUAGAAAAAUGCAUGUACAAUGUACUUUCUAAU